GUUGUUGUUGUUACCAUUGAUAGUGUGUUUGUAAAUUGUGUAAUAAACUACACGUGUGUUUGUCAUCCUAUUGUCAAUAAUUGGAUUGCAUUUUAAUGUCACAACUAUUGACUAAUUUAUACAAAUUGUAAGGACAGGUAGUUAUGUAAAUCGGACACUACCUGCUAGUCCUACUGUAGAUGAUAUAGACUAUUCAAAUGUUUUCAAAGUUUAAAGGCAUCAAAUCGUAUGAAACAGACGACAAACUGUUGGCCGAAGAUAGCAAUAGUAUGCCCGCCGUUAUUGUCAAUGAUGUCGAUAGCAGUAAAAAUGGUUCACCUGUUGUUCAUCAAGAGAUUAUGACCACUGAAGAUCAUCGGCCGAUGAAAAGACUGCGUACAACAAGUGGUGGUUGCGAUGAUUUGGAUUCUUCGGUGGCGUCAACCACUAAAUUGGUGUCCAACGAGAAACGAUUGAAGACAUUGAAAGAUAAACAAGAUUUUGAUAAACGUCAGCAACUGUUGGUCAAAGAGGCCAUCAGUGGCGAUAAACGACAAAACAAACGUAUUGUUUUUACUGAUGAUGACGACAAUGACACCAAAGCAAAUGAUGAGUUAUUUGGUGGUAAAGUGAAUGACUAUUUGUCACAAAUAAGACGGGAAUCAAGUGAUGCUAAUAAUGGAUUGAAAGCCACUAAUAAAAAGCCGACGAUUUCACUGUUUGAAAGCGAUUCCGAUGAUAAUGAUGGCAGUGGUGAUGAUAAUGUUGAUGUCAAAGAGUUUGAGAGCAAAUUAAAUACGAAGAUUAGCGAUAAAAAUGUCGAAAAACUGAUUGAAUUGAACUCCCGGUUCGCACAUGACGUUAGAUUCAAAAUUGAUGAAAGAUUUUUGGAUCAAAAUGAAGAUAACGAUGAAGAAGAAGGAGAUGAGUUUGAAACUGAAAAGCAAAAGAAUCUGAAUUUAUUGGAAUCAGUUUUGAACAAAACAAACAUCAAGUCGUCUAUAAUAAAGAUCAAAGACAAGUCAUCGCAAAAGCUUAAUGAAGAUAAUCUAUUUAUUUCACGAUUUGAUCCCAAAGGUGCUAAUCCUUCGGCUUUUGAAGUGACGAUACCAUCCGAUGAAAAUGUGUUAAAAUCAUCAAAGAAAGUAACAUUUGAUGAAUCGGUUCUAAAUAAAGAUGAAUCUAAGAAUGAAGUGUCAAAAGAGGUCUACUAUGAAGUUAGUUCUGAUCUGAAGGAGUCCUUCUCCAAAAAGGGAGAAAACUUUUCGUUAACACAACUGUUUGGCACAAGUAGUAGUGCACCGGAUAGUGAUGAAGAUAACGACACAGAAGAGCCGGCAAUUGUUAAACCUAUUACUUAUGAUAAAUUGGAUCCGAAAAAAGCAAAAUCAUUGCCAAAUCCUUUCCGAUACGACAGCAGCAGUAGUGAUGAUGAAGUAGAAGUAGAUGACGUAAAUCAUGUAAAGAUAAUCAAAAACACUAGUGAUGUAACUCAAGUGCCGGAAAAACCAUUGCCAAAUGGUUUCAAAUUUUUUUUCACUAAAAAUGAUUGUCGUUUCGAUGAAGACAUCUUCUAUAGCAAAGAGGCUAUCGAUAAGGCAAAGAAUAGUUGGAAAGACAGGCAGACAAUGAUUAUACGAUCGAUGGGUGUCCGCAAACGGUCGGCCAAAAAGAAUAAAAAGGCAGACAACAAAUGGAUGGUUAAGUUCAAGAAGAAUGGUUACCAAAAAAGAUUUGGUUAUAAUCAGAGAAAGUGACAAAAAUAAUAGUAAUAAUUAAUGAUUUUUUUAAAAA